CCACCACCACCAUCACACUCGCCGCUCACAACGACCCCCUCUCCCACGAGACACCCCUUUGAAGCCACACCCCUCCCAGUCAGCCGCCGCCCCCGUGUCAGAUGACGGCGUGAUUGCCAACCUUUCCCACCGCGACCACAAUGGGCAAGGCGCGCCCCAAGAUCUAUGCCGUCCGGGUUGGGCGGCGGCCGGGCAUCUACCAUAGCUGGAAGGAGGCCAUGACCCAGGUCCUCGAGUUCCCCGGUGCGGUGCACAAGUCGUUCUACGACCAGGACGAGGCGAUUGCCUUCCUCGGCGGACUGCACGGUAUCGAGCCCGUCCUGCCGCCAGAUAUUAAGCCCGUGGUGCCGACCUGGGGAUCAGCACCAGUCAAGGCCGAGCCGGGGCUGUAUCCGCCCCUCCCGCAGUUCGACCACAGCCAGCCCAAGCUGGAGGGGUACGCCAAGCGGCCCGUCCAUCACCCGUUCUUCAACCUGCCCAAGGCCGUGGCCAAGGUGCAAGACCCAGUGCUGUCGGCACAGCAACAGGCCAUCGUCGACCGCGUACUCGCAGGCGAGAACAUCUUCUUUACCGGGUCAGCAGGUACAGGCAAGUCUGUCGUCCUGCGUGCCAUCAUCCGCGCGCUCGAGAAGCCCACCGGAUGGCGGAGGAAGAAGUUCGCCGUCACGGCCUCGACGGGCAUCGCGGCGCUCAACAUCGGCGGGAAGACGGUCCACUCAUGGGCUGGGAUCGGGCUGGGCCUCAAACCUGCCUCCACGCUUGCGGACAACAUCCUGCGGACGGGGUUAUGCAGGGCAAACUGGCUCGACACGGAUGUUCUGAUCUUGGACGAGGUGUCCAUGAUACAUGCCGACCUGCUCGAGAAGCUCGACUACAUCGGUCGCGCUGUCCGUCGGGGAGAGAACUGGAAGCCGUUCGGAGGGCUCCAGCUCGUAUUCUGCGGCGACUUCUUCCAACUCCCGCCCGUGCACAAGAACGAGGACGUCUACUACGCGUUCGACACGGAAUGCUGGGAGAAAAUGUUCGCGCCGCACAACGUCGUCACCCUCACGCGUGUGUACCGUCAGAACGACGACGUGUUCAUCAAGACGCUCGAGUCGCUGCGCCGCGGCACGAUCUCGGACCAGCAGGAGGACGUUCUCUUAGAAUGCAACCGCACUCUGCAGAGCCCAGAGGGCGUGGAGCCAGUGUGGCUAUAUCCCAGGCGAUACGAAGCGAGCAACAAAAACACCGCGCGCCUCAAUGCCCUACAGGGGUCGACAAUGCUCUACGACGCGGUCGACAUGCCGGGACAAGCGUCUAACAAGCGGCCCCUCUCCCCUGAGGACGCAACGCGCGUCUUGAACGAACGGUCUCGUUGGCCGGAGACGGUGUCGUUGAGAGUUGGCGCCCAGGUCAUGCUGGUCUUCGACUACCCGGGUCUCGUCAACGGCUCGACUGGCAUGGUCGUCGCUUUCAUGACCCGCGAGCAGGCUACCGCCAAUGGCGUAGCGCUGCCGCGUUCCACCGACGUUGCACCUGGCAGGUGGCCCGUUGUGACAUUUCCGCCGCCGAGGGACUGCAGGUUCAUCCUGCCGGAGCGCGUACUCAUUCCAGCCAUAGCACAAUCGCUGGAGCACCCAGACGGGACCAUUGAGGCCACUCGGCUUCAAGUGCCGCUUAUCCUGGCAUGGGCGUUGACAAUCCACAAGGCCCAAGGCCUCACUCUCGAGCGCGUUCGUGUCGACCUCAACCAGACGUUCGACUAUGGCCAGGCGUAUGUGGCCAUCUCGCGUGUGACGAGCCUGGAAGGAUUGGAGCUGAGAGGGUUCUCGAAGAGCAAAGUCUUGGCGAGCCCGCGGGUGUUAGAGUGGGAAGCGGCCGGAGAAGAUGCCAAAAAUGAAGAGCAGGUUGUCGCGUCGUUAGAUGACGCGUUGUAG